UAAAGGGCGGAGCCAUAUUUUAUAAGUAGACUGUUCCCUCACACAAUCACCUCUAUUUUUAAACUUGGAUCAACUUGUCGGGCGCUACUGUAGCGUGCAACCAAAGAAUUAUCACUUUUAAACCACAGUGUAAGAAUGAUAUCACCAAGAGAAGAUAUUACUGGCAUUAUUGGCGGUGCAGGACCAUGGCAGAGAAAAGUUUUUCUUUUGGUUUUGGUCGCCACUCUUCCUAACGCUUGGCAUAUUCUGGUACUGACAUUUUUGGCUCCUAAUAUUGACCACUGGUGUGGUGGACGACCAGGAGUUUUCCACAAUAUUUCAGCAGAAGAAUGGAAGAAUUUCAGUGUUCCACUGGUGGCAGAUGAAACAGGACAACAGUCGUAUAGCAAAUGUUGGAUGUUUGACGUCAUGAAUGAUACUAAUUUGAACAAUACUGAUAAAGCUCAAAACCGAAGUCUUCACUCUUGUUUGGUGUGGGAAUAUGACCACUCUCAGUAUACAUCUUCAGUAGUAGAACAGUGGGACUUAGUUUGCGACAACUCGUGGCUGAUAUCUCUGAGUCAGUCACUCUACAUGUCAGGCUACCUAGUCUCAUCAUUCGUAACCGGGCAACUGUCGGACAGAUUUGGCCGUCGACCAAUCAUUCUGUUAAGCCUAUCAGUAGGAUCUUUGUCUGGAAUCUUAUGUGUAUUAUCGCCAAGUUUUAUAAUUUUCGUUAUUUUGAGAUUCUUUGUAGCCUUGGGCGUGACUGGCAUUGUGACUUCUUCAUUCGUUUUAUUGUCUGAAAUAGACAAUGGAUUUCAAGGAAAAUUUUACACUUCCAAGAAGAAACAUCGAUAUAGCCACGGUUUACUAGGGAAGAUAAUUCGAAUUUUUUAUCACUUCAUUAGGUUUGUCAUUUCCUUCAUUUUUUUCGGAUUGUCUUUCAACACUAACAAUCUCGGAGGAGAUCCAUUCCUGAACUUUCUCAUUGCGGGUGCAGUAGAGUUUCCAUCAUACUUGGGAACAAUCUUCGUAGUGAAGCGUCUGGGGAGAAAGUUUCCCCUUCUAAUAUCAGUAAUUACAGCUGGAGUUGCUUUGUUGUUGAUUAUUCCAAUUCCUUACGAGCUGGUGUGGCUACAGGUUACAGUAGCCAUGAUUGGGAAGUUAGCGAUCACUGCUGCUUUUGCCAUUGUUUACGUUUAUUCUGCUGAACUUUUUCCUACUGUCGUACGAAAUGUUGGAGUCGGAACAAGUUCAACAUGCGCUAGAAUAGGCUCUAUGCUGGCUCCCUUUGUCAAAGAAUUGGGUACAGCUGUCGACCCUGCUCUGUCACAGGGGCUGUUUGGAGCACUCUGCUUACUAGCCGGAUGUCUUAUUUUAACCUUACCAGAGACCCACAACAAACCCAUCGUAGACACUCUAGAGGAAGAGAAGGAAGAAAAUGCGAAUAGCUAAAUCUUGGUUUGAAAGCGAAAGAUAGUCUUAACACAUCAGUUGUUAAUAAAGGUGAACCACGGCACUAAGUUCUUAUAACAAUAACAGCUAUGAAACAUACUUCUAUUUGAAUGGUAAAGUGUUUUAUCACGACUUUCACGAUAUUUAUUUGUGUAUUUUAAAAAUAAACACGAUUUUACUUUCUGCAGUUCAA